AUGACUCGGAGGCGGAGCAGGCCGAGCGGCGGCGCGGGCCGGCGCGAGCGGGCGCGGGUCGCUGGGCCGCAAAAGCCCCAGGCGCCCGAGCCCCCGCCGCCGCCGAGCCUGGAAGCGGGAGCGGGUGCUGGGCCCCCGGAGGCGCCGGCGGAACCCGACCGCGACGGCCCUAGGGAGGAGGACGAGCCCGGUCUGGCGCCCGGUCCGCAGGUUCCCCCCACCUCCAGCCAGUCUGUGCAGACUUGCUGCCUGCUGUGUCAUCGGGAACGCAAAGGCUGGGAAGAAGGCCCUUCCCAAAACGGACUGGUGUUGCAGGGUGAGAAGCUGCCCCCUGACUUCAUGCCAAAGCUCGUCAAGAAUCUCCUAGGCGAGAUGCCUCUAUGGGUCUGCCAGAGUUGCCGAAAGAGCAUGGAGGAAGAUGAAAGGCAGACAGGUCGAGAACAUGCAGUGGCGAUCUCCUUGUCACACACAUCCUGCAAAUCACAGUCUUGUGGGGGUGACUCCCACUCCUCUUCAUCGUCCUCUUCAUCGUCCUCAUCUUCCUCCUCCUGCCAUGGGAACUCAGGGGACUGGGAUCCCAGCUCCUUCCUGUCAGCACAUAAGCUCUCGGGCCUCUGGAACUCCCCACACUCCAGUGGAGCUGUGUCAGGCAGCUCGCUCGGGAGUCCUCCCACCAUCCCUGGUGAGGUUUUCCCCAUCUCGGAGCACCACCGGCACUCAGACCUCACUGCUCCGCCUAACAGCCCCACCGGCCACCACCCCCCGCCAGCAUCAUUGAUCCCAUCUCACCCCGGAUCUUUUGACUCACCACCCCACCCACACCUGCUGCCCACCACCCCAGCAGCACCUUUCCCUGCCCAGGCUUCAGAGUGCCCUGUUGCCGCUGCUGCCGCCCCACACACACCAGGGGCCUGUCAGAGCCCCCACCUGCCCUCCACCAGCAUGCCGCUCCUGAAGAUGCCUCCGCCAUUCUCGGGGUGCAGCCACCCUUGUAGUGGGCACUGCAGCGGGCACUGCAGUGGGCCUCUCCUGCCACCACCGAGCUCCCAGCAACUCCCCAGCACUCACAGCAGGGACCCCGGGUGCAAGGGGCACAAGUUUACACACAGUGGCCUGGCCUGCCAGCUGCCCCAGCCCUGCGAGGCAGAUGAGGGGCUGGGCGAGGAAGAGGACAGCAGCUCAGAGCGCAGCUCCUGCACCUCGUCCUCCACCCACCAGCGAGAUGGGAAGUUCUGUGACUGCUGCUACUGUGAGUUCUUCGGCCACAAUGCGCCACCCGCUGCCCCGACGAGUCGGAAUUAUACCGAGAUCCGGGAGAAGCUCCGCUCAAGGCUGACCAGGCGGAAAGAGGAGCUGCCCAUGAAGGGGGGCGCCCUGGGCGGGAUCCCUGGGGAGCCCGCCGUGGACCACCGAGAUGUGGAUGAGCUGCUGGAAUUCAUCAACAGCACGGAGCCCAAAGUCCCCAACAGCGCCAGGGCCGCCAAGCGGGCCCGGCACAAGCUGAAAAAGAAGGAAAAGGAGAAGGCCCAGUUGGCAGCAGAAGCUCUCAAGCAGGUGAAUCGCAGUGUUUCUGGAAGCCGGGAGCCAAGGUCUGCUAGGGAGCGGCUCUUGGAGUGGCCUGACCAGGAGCUGGAUCGGGUUAACAGUUUCCUGAGCAGCCGUCUGCAGGAGAUCAAGAACACUGUCAAGGACUCCAUUCGUGCCAGCUUCAGUGUGUGUGAGCUCAGUGUGGACAGCAAUGGCUUCUCUAAGGAGGGGGCUAAUGAAUCAGAUCCCCAGAGUCUGGCCCCCUCAAACUUCAAUGGCUCCUCAGAGCAGCGGCCUGACAUCAACCUUGACCUAUCCCCUUUGACUUUGGGCUCCCCUCCGAACCACACGUUACAAGCGCCAGGCGAGCCAGCCCCCCCAUGGGCGGAAAUAAGAGGUCCCCACCCACCAUGGACAGAGGUGAGGGGCCCCCCUCCCGGUAUCAUCCCUGAAAAUGGGCUAGUGAGGAGACUCAACACUGUGCCCAACCUGUCCCGGGUGAUCUGGGUCAAGACACCCAAGCCAGGCAACCCUAGUCCUGAGGAGACAAGCCCAAAAGAGGCCCCCAUUUGUAAGCAGGAGCUGCCUGAGCCCUUGGCCUCAGGGGGGAAGCCUCGGAAGGGCAAGAGACAGGGCAUUCAGGCCAAGAAGAAUGAAGCAAGCCCAGCUCCCCGAUCUCCAGCCAGCCUUGAGGCUCCUAGUGCCAAGGGCCAGGUCCCUAACCCCAAGCAGCCAGGCAAGGCCCCAGAGCCUCCCAAAGUAGGCAGCUGUGCAGAGAUUGGAGAGGGGAGCAGGGCAAGCCGGCCAGGACCUGGCUGGGCUGGCAGCCCCAAAGCUGACAAGGAGAAGGGCAGCUCCUGGCGAAACUGGCCAGGCGAGGCCAAGGCACGUCCUCCGGAACAGGAGUCCAUGCAGCCCUCAGGCCCAGCAAGGCCCCAGAGCUUGCCGCAGGGCAAGGGCCGGAGCCGCCGCAGCCGCAACAAGCAGGAGAAGUCAACCUCCUUGGAUGAUGUGUUCCUACCCAAGGACAUGGAUGGGGUGGAAAUGGAUGAGACUGACCGGGAGGUGGAGUAUUUCAAGAGGUUCUGUUUGGAUUCUGCAAAGCAAACUCGUCAGAAAGUUGCUGUGAACUGGACCAACUUCAGCCUCAAGAAAACCACUCCCAGCACAGCUCAGUGAGCCCCUGUAGAGUGAAGCUUCUUCAGGGUGUUGUGAAGACCCCGACUGCCAGCCGAAAGUCUACAGUUUCUUCCUCCAUAUCCCUGCCCACCUGCCCAACACCCUCCCCAUUCCUUGCCAUCCCGGACCAACCAAACGCUGAAUGGAUGCCGUGCGUGCUGGGGCCCUCAGGACCUCUGCAGAGCCACUUCCUGGUGCUACGCAGCCUCCACACUCAGAGCCCGGUGGCUGGGCUGGCCUGUGGGCCAGGGGCUGAUGGUACUGCUGGCCCAGCACUGCUCUUUGUGUUUGGUUUUUGUUUUUGUUUUUGUUUUUCGAUUCUUUACUUUUGAUACUGUGAAGAUCUUUCCUGCGAAAGAUAAAGCAACAUUUGGACACAGAGUCAGUGUAUUGGUUUGUGAUGAGUAGGGGUGAGGUGAGGACCCUACUCAGAAGCACCAUCUCUGCCUUAGUCACUGGACUUAUUCAGCAUAUACUUUAUAUCACCAGUUUGGCAAAGUUUCCACUUAAUACUUGCAGAAGCUCAAAGUAGGAUUAUCCUUUUUCACAAAUGAGGGAACUAUAACAUAAAGCUCAGUCUGAGUGAGAGCCCAGGUAUGUGUGACAGUCUCACCUGUACCCUGUCCCCCUGCUCGGAGAAUUCUGGUAGUUGAGCCUAGAGGGCCUCUUCCCCAUGCUGUGUUUCAGUUUCCCCAUCUGUAUGAGGGCUCAAGCCUUUAUGUGCUUUGUGCCUACAGCCUGGGUGGCUGGAGUUGGCAGGGCAAGUGGAGUUUCCAUACAUUAGAUCUGAUUUCCAGUGAGAAUGGGACAUGUAGCCUUAGUACUUGAGAGCUAAGAAGAUAAUGAGUCCUAUAAAGGAAGGCAUACUAGUACUUCCUCCUCUCCCCUAAUGGAUCUGAUUUGUAAACACAGAUUUGUAACUCAGGUUUUAAUAGGAUUGCUAAAAAUUACUCACACCCUUAUAUCCUAACCCUUUGUCCCAAGUGUGACUUUCUCUACUAAAACCAAGAUUAUAUGGGGAGUGAUGAAGGUAUAGUCACUAAGUUCUUUUGGGGGUGCCAUUUUUGUAGGCUCAGAAACCACUCCUUUCUUCCCCCCAGGUUGAACCCCACCACAGGUGCACAGCUAGUGCCAGCUCCUUCCAAAGCAAUGAAAAACAGUGUUGACCACAGGCUUCCAAUUCCUAAGCCCUGGCCUUCCCCAAUCCCCAGGGAACUGCAACGCUUCCCUGUGAAACCUCUACCUGUAUAUUUAUUACCAGUGAUCUCAACUCUUGCACCAGGCACCUGCCCUGCAGUUUAAUUGGCAUGGUUAACUAAAAUUCUCUUUCAUCAUUGACAAAUUGCAGGUCUAAUCGAGAACCCACUUCACCUACAGAGAACUAGACUCCUGUGAGUAGUGAUCAGAUGCCAGUGCCUUGCCUCUGCCUCCCACACUCAUUCCAACCACACUAAUAACCUUGUUCUCCAAAUUGGCCUGGCAUCCUUAGGUCUUCUGAUUUUUGCUGAUUAUCCUUUUAUGGAUUCUGCUCAUCCUUCACAUCCCAGUUGAGAGGGUACUUUUAUCAUGAGAAUCUUUUUGCCCUGCCUUUGUGAUAAUUCCAAAAGGGGUGCCUUGUCUGUCUUACCAUAAUUUUCUUUAACCUAAGAGUAGUUACUCAUCUAUAAUUGUGUCUCCUCAACUCACCAGCCAGGUUUGUGUCUUGCUCAUUUUCUCUCUCCUUGAAUGCUGUAUACAGUGACAGGGAGAACAGCACUGACCAGUGAAGCUGAAAUUUCUCUGACAGUAACAGCCUCACCUGCUCUGGGCCCGAUCUACUAAAACCAAUAUUAUAUGGGAAAUGAUGGAGACAUAGUCACUAAGUUCUUUUGGAGGUGUCAUUUUUGUAGGUUCAGAAACCACUCCUUUCUUCCCCUCAGCCUUAGCUGAUUUUGAUAGUCAAAUACCUAAGAAGUGUCCUACAUGGCACACGCCCAGUCCUACACCCCCUCUCACAUCGUGACCAGGCCUUCACUCCUGCUAUGCCCUCUAGCUGGUAGCUUCUCUUCCCCACUCCUGUGCUUAGGUUCCACAUUCCCCUGGAAGCACUGAUCCAGUCUCCUCGAAGCCGCCUAUUGUCAGGUACCCCAGGCCUCUAUUACAGCAUUUACAG